AUGCACGCCAUUAUCUCAACUGACCAAUCCAUCCCAACUUCCCCACCCAGCUGCUCCCGCGGCCUCGGCCUCGAACUCGUCCGCCAACUCACGACCGAUCCCUCCAACAUCGUCCUCGCCACCUGUCGCGACCCAUUCACGGCCACCGCUCUCCAACGCCUCGGCACCAAAACUCCAGGCACGAUGCACAUCAUCCCGCUCGACGUGUCCAGCAUCGAUGCUAUUGAGGCGAGCGCGAAGUUGAAGGUAGUCAGGGAUGUGUUGGGUGUGCAUGGAUUGGACUAUUUGAUCAACAGUGCAGGAGUGUUGGAAGACGACACGGCGUUCACGAUGACUAUAGCCGAUCUUACACGUACCUUAACCAUCAACGUCGGCGGCCCCGUCUGCGUGGCACAAACCUACCUUCCAUAUGUCGAACGUAGCAAGCGGAAGGUAAUCAUGAACAUGACCAGUGGUUUGGGAAGUAUUGCUCUGGAACACGGAAAGAAGAACGCGAGUUAUAGUAUCAGCAAAACGGCGAUCAACAUGCUCACUUACAAACAAGCAAGCGAACGUCCGGAUCUCAUAUGCUUCUGUAUCGACCCAGGCUGGGUCAGAACCGACAUGGGUGGCUUAAACGCCGACCUCGAGCCCGAAACCUCGGUGGCAUACCUACUCAAGUUCUUGGACGAGGUGACUGAAGAGCACACGGGUAAAUUCUUCAGGUUCGAUGGGAAGGAGUUGCCUUGGUAG